AUGCCCCCGAAGACAAAGGCGAAAGUGCUGCGCACCUCUCCUCACGUCAAAGCAACUUUCAGGUAUGAGGAGAACAACGACGCUUCUGGCAAUGCCUGUCUGAAGGCACACAAGUGCGCUGCUUUCUAUGACCUCUUGACUUACAACGAUCUGCAUAGAAGCUUCGACUCCUAUCUCGAAGGCAAUGAUCAAAGGCCCUUGCCCAUGAUAUGCAAGCCCGGUGAGUCCAAAGACUUCGGCGUAAGAGUCAUUCCCGUCUCUAAUCCAAGGCUCACGCGAUUGAACCUAGCCGUAACACAGUUGGAAUUUAUGCCUGAAACAGCCGAUGUCUUCACUAAUCGCGGCGAUCUGGUUGACAUUGCACUGUCGUUCUUUCCCCACUUCGACAAUAACUUUCAAAAAAUAAGGCAUGUCGCUCAUUUGAGACAUGGUAGGCUGUUUAUAUGGCACGACGCGCAGCGCGAUGAUACUUUUGGCUCUUCCAAAGCAAGAGAUGGGUGGUACAGCGGCUACAAGUUCGAAGAUAUGUGCCGACAUGUGUGGCCUCAGAAUACUCAGACAUGGACUGCGCUACCGGAGACUAACAAGGACAACAACCCACUAAUUAGCCUGGUUGAGCUUCCACUCAAGAAGGAUGUUAGUACGGUAAUGAUGGCAGAGUAUGAUCUUCGACUCCCUGGCGCAAAAAAACCUAACGGCUUCGUUGAGCUUAAAUGCUUUCUUCCUCGGCUAGGCAAUCCGGAUAGCGUGCGGUGGCAGGAGUUGACAAACGCAGAAGUGCUUGAUUUGUUGGUGAACAAAAGAUCUUUUAUGAAGUUCUUCAAGACGUGCUUACAAUCGCGGUUCUCCGGUUGUGAAAAUCUCGUUUACGGCAUCAGGAAUAAGAAGGUUAAUCUUGUAGGUGUUCGAAAGUUCCAUAUAUCAGAGGUUGAGCAAAAGCUACAAGAGUUAGAGCCAAGGUUUUACUAUAGACAUUACAUCACGGCUCUCACGUCUGUUGGAGAAUUUAUUAGUUUCCUCUUCCGAGAAUGCGUAGACGGAGAGUUCUACCUAAUAACAAAGCGGUCAGUACAUUCUCCGCUGAGUGUGAUCAGAACGCCAAGGCAGGAGCUUAUGUUCCAGACUGCUUUUACUCCAGGUUUUGAAUCUUUGUUGGAGAAACACGAAGAGCAGAGAAACGCGUUUCUAAAGAGGUCGCGCCCGAACUUUUUUGGAUCACGUUCGGAAGGACGCAAAGAUGCGUUAGAAUACAAGCCAGUGAUUGCGGCCCGCAAAGGCGGCUCUUCAUCCCUGACCAGCGCUUCCCGAAAAAUGCGCAAGCCCAAAGUCCCUGUGGCCGACGUCCAAGUCGACAAACUGGCAAAUGAUUUGCAACAAACUAGUCUACAGGACAGAUCAUUCUCAGACCCUGAGGCUGAAUCACGUCAAACUUCAAACACGAAAUUGGUUAAAUCUUCGACAAAACCUCGAAAGCCUCGAAAAGCAAUUGUCGAAGAAUGA